AUGUCAACUGCCACAUACUACAGUCUCAAUAACAGCAAUGUUACCUGGUUCUGCGCAAAAUGUGAUCAACCCAACACUUCAUCUUCCCUGCUGGACUCAUAUAUUUCUGAGAGUCAGAACAGCUUUGCUGCUCUCUCUGAUCUUCCGGAUGGCCAAAGUGAAUUCAGCACAUGUUCAGAUACUUCAUCAUUUAUCUCGAUUGGAACAAUCGAAGAUUUAGAUUCACCACCCAGGACUUCAUCACCACAAAGAGCAAGGAGAUCCAAGAAAAAUAACUGUAAGUCCUUUAAAGUCCUUACUGUCAAUUUUCAGAGCAUCCGGAACAAGAAGGAAGCCUUCUGGGAAGCGGUUGAAUCCUGCAACCCAGACAUUAUUGUUGGCAGUGAGACCUGGUUACGGCCAGACAUCCUUAGCUCGGAAAUCCUCCCGCCGGGUUACAACUUACCGGCUAUCCGGAAAGACAGAAAUGAUGGGUACGGAGGUGUACUUAUUGCAACCAAAUCAGAUAUUAUUGUAUCAGAAGUGUCCAUUGAUACCAACAAGGAAAUUGUGGCUGCUGAAAUGAAAAUCGUUGGUGGUCACAACCUGAUAGUUAUCUGUCUCUACCGUCCUCCUGAUAACAACAUAGCCAGUGCUGAGGAAAUAUGCAGUGCUAUCAGUGGCGUCGUAAGAAACAACCCAUCCUCGGCCAUCUGGAUCUCGGGUGAUCUUAAUUUGCCAGACAUUAACUGGCAGACUGAGACUGUGACAGGCCACCAGUACAACCUCGGUGUUAACUCAGCAUUCCUUUCAACCUUUCAAGACUUAUGCCUCAGCCAAAUAGUAGACUUUCCAACGAGAGGUCAAUCAAUCCUAGAUGUCUUCCUCACAAAUCGCCCAUCUCUAAUCAGGAAAUGCAUCCCCUUACCAGGUAUCAGCGAUCAUGAUAUGGUCCUCACGGUUGCUGACAUAAGGGCGAAGAUACAGAGACCAAUCAAGAGGAAGGUCUAUCUUUGGAAGAAGGCAAACAUGGACACCAUCAGAGAAGCAAUGGCAAGCUUUGCUGAAAGCUACUUGGCCCAGACUUCUCUAGAUACCCCGGUCGAAAGUCAGUGGACAGAGAUAAAAAGUAAGAUCUUAUCUGCACUUGAGGAAGAUGUACCAUCGAAGAUGACCUCAUGCAGAUUUAGCCAACCCUGGAUCACGACAGAAUUGAAACGUCUCUCCAGAAAGAAGAAAAGAUCAUUCAGGAGAUCGUGA